CAAUUGAAAGAGAUUGUUCGUUCCUAAUUAUUGCGUUAGUACGCUUUCAAUCAAAUUGUAAUCAGACAUUAGUUUGGGAAUAUGUAGUGUUUGCUAAUAAAGUUUCUGAAAGUACUUUUUACGACUCACUCAGCAACACUCGUCCAAUCAAACUUCAAAGUGCUGGCCUAAAAGUCUAGAUACCAGGCCAUAAACUCCAAAAAAAAAACUUUAAAGUGCUGAGUGUACUAAAGUAAAUGGUUUUUUAAAUUGCAAUAAUUGUUAAAUGUAAGAAAAGCAUUAAUUAAUGAAAUUUUCACUAAAGCGAUGCAAAUGAGCCGUAUCGGUUCACCAUCGGUCGGUAUGGACGACGACGGUUGCGCAGGACACGCUUUAGGCGACUUCCUUCUUCAGCUUGAGAAUUAUAAUCCAUCCAUACCCGAUUCCGUGGUCGCAUAUUAUUUGAAUUUAACCGGAUUCGAGUCACAGGAUCCGAGACUUGUCAGAUUGAUCGCAUUGGCAUCACAGAAAUUCUUAUCUGACAUUGUAAAUGAUGCACUGCAGCACUGCAAGAUGCGUACGUCGAAUCAAAUAAAUCAAAGCUCCAAAAACCAGAAGGGACCCAAAGAGAAGAAAUAUGUCAUGACCAUGGACGAUUUGGCUCCCGCGUUACAAGAGUAUGGCAUAACAGCAAAGAAACCGCACUAUUUUGUUUGAAAUACAUGAAAUCAAUAUUUGAAAUUGUUUUACUUUAAAAUAAAUGUUUAAUGGUGUACAGUC